ACGACGGAUGGGAAGCAGAGCAGCGCCGCCGCUGGCUGGACACGACCCGUCGCCGGCCAUGGCGUCCUCCGCCUCCGCCACCGCCACCGCCACCGUGAAGUCCGACGCUCCCUUCUGCCCCAUCGACAUCUCGUCCGAUGAGGACGACGACGUGAUAGUCCUUGGCUCCUCCAACAGCCGCGAGGAGAUGCAGAUCCAGCAGGCCAUCCUCCUCUCACUCGACCCCUCUCGCGACCAGGCCGCCGUCCCCUCCUCCUCCGGAACCGCCGUCGCCGGGACCUCCGAAGGGUCCAUUCCAGUCCGCAAGGGGAGGCGCAAACUAGGAUCGGAGCUGCCCCUGUUUCCUGUCGAUUCCAGCAGAUCUCCGUCGAAACCAGAGACGCGUCAAGUCAUCGACUUGGACGACGACAGCCCCCCUCAAGUGAUCGAUCUAGACGAUGAUGAUGGUUGCAGCUUGAUCUUCCUCAAAGACAUCGCCAGCGGCAAGAGGAAGCUGUUCGAGAAAGGCGAAUGCUCCAACAGCGCCAAGGGCUUCGACUGCACGAUCUGCAUGGAGACGGUUCCCGGCGUCGAGCGCUUCCGCAUCUCCGGGUGCCGGCACGCGUUCUGCGCCAGCUGCGUGAGGCAGUACAUCGCCGCGAGGGUCGAGGAGAACCUGCUGGCCAUCGGCUGCCCCGAGCCGGGCUGCAAGGACGGCGUGCUGCACCCGGAGGAGUGCCGGCGCGUGAUCCCGACGCCGCUGUUCCACAGGUGGGGCGCCGCGCUCUGCGACAUGGCGCUAGGCGAGCUCAAGUUCUACUGCCCCUUCAAGGACUGUUCGGCGCUGCUGGUGGACGACGACCCCGGUGACGGCGACGCGGCGGCGGCGGCGGCCAAGGUGGAGUGCCCCCAUUGCAAGCGGAUGUUCUGCGCGAAGUGCAAGGUGCCGUGGCACGAGGGGGUGGAGUGCGCCGAGUUCCAGCGGCUCGGGGACGACGAGCGCGGGCGGGAGGACCUGCUGCUGAGGAAGGUCGCGCAGCAGAGCAAGUGGCAGAGGUGCCCCAAGUGCAAGAUCUACGUCGAGAGGGUGGACGGCUGCACCUUCAUCGCCUGCAGGUGCGGGCACUGCUUCUGCUACCUGUGCGGCGCUACGAUGGCGAGGACCAACCAUUAUUGCGCAAAGUGCAAGCGUACGUGGUGAUCGGUGAAGCAUCUUAUAAAAUGCACAAAGCUACUUCAGGGAAGGAAGUAAUUGUGCAGAUAUUGACUAUAUCUGUACAAUGGUUUGGCGGUAUUAUCAAUAUUGACUUUAGUUGGCAAUCAUUUAGCUUGUGCAACUCUAAUGCCACCUUGGCCAUCACUAUGAGAAUUUGACUUUACUGGAGCUGGUUUCCUUGGGUCU